ACGAGCACCGCUUAUCCUCAAUUCCUCAUGCCUUUCGGUUAUUUCUCGGUUCACUGUCAUACCACUAAGUUCUUCCUUUCUCCCAUUUAUCAGAAAACGCAAGCAGAACCGUAACAAUGUCGACGAACUCAACCGCACCCGCUACGGCCGUCUCUAGCCCUGGCUCUAACCCUGUCUCUAAACCCUCGAUGUAUCUCCAAGACCCGGAAGAACUCCAGAGAGUCUUUAAACGCUUCGACGCCAACGGCGACGGCAAGAUCUCCAUCAACGAGCUGGACAACGUUCUCAGGACCCUCGGAUCAGGCGUUCCGCCGGAGGAGCUCCAACGCGUCAUGGACGACCUUGACGUCGAUCACGACGGAUUCAUUGACUUCACGGAGUUCUCUCAAUUUUGUCGCUCCGACACAGAGGACGGCGGUGCUUCCGAGCUCCGCGAUGCCUUUAACCUCUACGAUCAUGAUAAGAAUGGCCUAAUCUCCGCCUCCGAGCUCCACAUGGUGUUGAAUCGAUUGGGAUUAAAGUGCACCGUCGAGGAAUGUCGCGUCAUGAUCAAAUCGGUUGACUCCGAUGGCGACGGCAACGUCAAUUUCGAGGAAUUCAAAACGAUGAUGACCAACAAACCUAGAAAUGGCUCCUCCCAGUAGAAGAGCCACUAGCAUUUUCAAUUUACAGGUCCUCCUAGUUUUAGGCAUCACAGUUUGUAACCAUUCCGGAUCCCAAAUCUGCAUCUCGGCUCCCGUUGUAGUAUGUUUUCUCUUGCCUUACUUUUUGAUUUUUGGGCCUUUUGUUACUACUUGGCUUUUAGUUUUCAUUAUACGAAUAAUUUUGUGAUCGAA